AUAGAGACGAGGCAAGGGCACCUCCUCUCAGAAAAGGGUCUUUCAUAGGGGACGAUUCUAACACUUGCACUUAAACAAAUACGGGGCGGGAAGCGCCGAAGACGCACGAGAUGAAAUGCAGGGUCAUGCAGCCUUAACUUUGGCGUUUGUGGACAGCGCAGGAAUUGGGAAAGGCCUUAGCCUUUCCGAUCUGUGGCCCUGUCCAUGGGACUUAUAGGAAAUGCUGACGUUGUACACUCCGGCGCUCUGUGCAAUUUAUCCCGUGUUGCGACGUCUCUUGCAAGGAUCUUGCCUCGCUCCAGUAAAAUAAAGCCGGGCUUCUUAUUUUGCAAGUUGUUUGGACAGAGUUUAUUUUUUUUUCUUCCCUAAAGGCGAAGAACAACACAGCGCCUUCUCCCCGUGGUUCAGGGUUUGCACCUCUGCUGGGGAAAGUGUCCGAGCAAAGUGCGCUGCUCCCUGCCCUGAUCCGUGCUAAGAGAUGCAGCCUGGGCACCUUACAGGGAAACGACUCUGUGCAUGUCAGGCAGGUGCAGGCGCCCUCCCAGCUCUGCGUCAUCGGCUAACGAGAUGGGGGGUGGUUGGAUACCUUUGCACUGGGGCUGCAGCAGCUCCUCCUUCCCGCGCCCGGAGCAUGCUAGCGGGGGGCUCUGAGUGCAGCGACCCUGCAGGGAGUCUCGCUCUCAAGCCAGUGGCGGAGCAAGAGCAGCAACCGCCGAGGCUCCCCAGGGAGCUGCGGCCCUUAACUGCUUCUCCCGCGCCUCCGAUGGCUGCGGAGGGGCCCCGAGCAGCUAAGCUCGGCCCGGCCCCGCCCCCCGGGCUGGCAGGUGCUGAAAAGCCCCGCGGCGGACUGCUUGGGGGGUGGCGGUGCUGGGGCAUGGCUGGUGCUGGAGGGGACACCCCGCAGCGGGGGGACUGGCCUGGGAAAGCAGCGCCGAAGGCCGCCCUUCUCCCAGAGGAGCCGCCGCAGGAACAAGGGCUCAGGCGGUCAGCAGAAGAGCUCAGACAGGAAGAUAGACUCUCCGUUUGCAGCAAAUUGUGCUAUGCAAUAGGAGGUGCUCCAAACCAAGUUGCAACAAGUGCCACUGCUUUUUUUCUACAGAUCUACCUGUUAGAUAUAGCACGUAUUACUCCAUUUCAUGCCUCUUUGGUGCUGUUCAUUGGCAAAGCCUGGGGUGCAGUUACUGAUCCUGUUGCUGGCUUUUUUAUUAGCAAAAGUAAAUGGACAAAAAUUGGCCGGCUUAUGCCUUGCGGGAAGAGUUGUGUGGUACCUGACUUUCUAUUGUCUUUUCCAAGCAUUGACCACAGAAUGACUGUGGAAGUGCUUGGAACCUUGAUGGGAGCUGCGCUCCACGGGCAGAUUGUGGCAAGCGCCCAUGCCUCUGAUCGCUGCGCCGUGAAUCUCACCAUAAACGCUGCCGACUCUUCCAGCUCUCUAAGCAACGCGUCCAACCUUGCCGAGCCCUUGGGCCUCCAGUCCCAUGGAGUAAGUGCAUGCGCCUUUGCGGAACUUUUUCUUGUCUUUUUUGAGUUUGGCAAGAAGUUUAAGCUUUGUGAGAGAGAAGUCUACAUGAUUGCAGCGGGAGUAAUAGGAGGAGUGUAUCUAUUCGGCAUUGUCAUCCUUUUCGCUGGAGUUAAGGAGAGAGACGAUCCUUACGCCUUAAAUUCAGACAAAGCAAUUCCUUUCUUUAAGGGACUGAGACUCACAAUGAAGCACGGUCCGUACUUGAAACUUACAGCUUCAUUUCUUCUCAUCUCAACAGCUGUUCAGCUUGAGCAGAGCAAUUUUGUCCUGUUUUGCACCCAUGCAGCCAGUCUUCACAAUCACUUCCAGUAUUUAGUGGUGACCAUCUUGGUAUCAGCAGCAGUGAGCAUUCCAUUCUGGCAGUGGUUUCUACAGCACUUUGGCAAGAAAAGUGCAGCAUGUGGGAUUUCCUGGAUGAUUCCUUUUGCGGUCAUGCUGGUUACAAUCCCAAAUCUGGUUUUGGCUUAUGUGGUGGCCUUUGUCUCUGGUCUCAGUAUUGCAUCAUCUUUGCUGUUGCCAUGGUCAAUGUUGCCUGAUGUAGUUGAUCAUUUUCGCCUGCUGAAUCCUCAUGCAAAGGGACCUGAAACCAUCUUUUAUUCUUCAUAUGUCUUCUUUACUAAGAUGUCGGCUGGGGUUGGAUUAGGAAUUUCUGCAGCAAGCCUGGAGUUUGCCGGUUAUAAACCAGGGAUGUGCAGGCAAUCCAGCACUGUGAUCCUCACACUGAAAAUCCUGAUUGGAGCAGUCCCUGCUAUUCUCAUUGUUAUAGGCUUAUCCAUACUCCUCUUCUACCCAAUCACUGAAAAAAGUCGAAAAGAAACUGAAUUUGCACUCGAGCUGUUAAGAAGGGGUCAUCUGAGCACUGACAACCUUUCCAAAAAUGAAGAGGAUACUUGGAUAUGAAAGUUCAGGGAGAAGUGUCUUUUCAAACCGAAGUCUGACCUCCGAUUCCAAAGCACUGUACUUGGGGGGCGGGAGGAAGGAAGGGAAAAUCUUCUGAGUUAUCCCACUUAAGUUUUAUUAGAGGAUACUGGAAGCACCAGUACACAAAAGUGCAAAGAGCUCUGUUACAUUAAGGGUAAGGAUCUGAUUUAGACUAACAAAAUAGGAAGAUUCUGAGGAUAGCCAAUAAGGUACCUUAAGGGGAUGCUUACAGUUCAUAAGUAUGUAAAUUUCAUCCAGUGUUCUGAUGCCCUUAAAAUGGUGUUAGAAAGAUUCAGUAGGUGGCACUCCUCCCUCUAGUCAGUACUGAACCAGAGCCCCAGCGCUGUAUUGAGGAUAACCUGCUUCUGAAGAUGCUGUGUUCUGUGUGAGACAUAAAACCAAAGUCCUGCAAUCACUAAAUUUCUUCUGGAACUGUUGGCAAGUUCCAGGGGUGUUUAAACAUGGUGUCCUGGCCAAACUUUAACUCAGGAGAUUACAUUCUUCUGACCUAAAUUGUCCUUGUAGCCUCUGUUGGAUACAGUAUUCAUCAUCACUUUUUUCUAAACUCUUUGCUGCACAUUUGCUACGUGUCACUCUAGAAGUGUCUGCACUUUGGUGGCUAAUGGACAUGAUCCUUGUGUAUAGUUUGUUCAAGUUUAUAAAGCCCUUAGGGGUUCUAAGGAUGAAAUGUGCUAUAAACAUGUAAGAUUUAGUGCUUCUUUUUGAGUUCCAACAAGCCCCGGAUGCGGUUGGUAACAGAACCGCAUGUUGAAAAUGUUCUCACAAAUAACUACUCCAAACCUGAUUUUAAUGUGACUUUAUUUGGGGGCGUUAAGUCAAACUUUUUUAUAUUAAUAGAGGCCUACAUUUUCAAGAGUGAUUGACUAGUGAUCUGGGAUACCUCAGUUUUUGAGUGCCCUCUUGACACUUCAGAGUUCCCAGUUGUCGAAGUGUGGGUGCUCUGCCCUUUCUUAAAAUCAGGCCCACUUCAGGUAGCUCAUGUUGGAGCACCCAAAACCGCUAGUCACUUCUGGAAAUUUAGUCCCUACAGUUUUGUGUUUUAGUUGUGUGAGGCACACAUUUCCACAUACAGAAUGCUGGCCUGCAUCAAUUGAGAGCUGCAGCAGUGCUACAAAUUCUUAGCAUAUAUGUAGCAAUUUAGAAUAAUGAGCCUGGACUGGUUAUCUAGUUGGUGCCUUUUUGAGCCAGGGUGCUUUAGAAGCAUUAAUGAAAGCCUCACCACACCCCUGUAAGGGGUACAUACUACUGUGCACAUCUUUAGGGAGAGAAACUGACCUACAGAGAUUAAGAGCUAAUUCAGCUCCCAUUGGAGUCAGUGGGAGUUGGAUUAGGCUGUAAGUGAUUUGCUCAAGGUCAUCCAGCAAUUUAGUGAUGAUACGGAGACUAGAUUCCAGGAAGCCUUUUACUGAAAGACACUGUGAAGUGAAAUUAAUGCAUUCACUGGGGUCUUUUGUUUCUUUUAGUAGUAGAAGGUUCUCAGUCCAGUUUAAAAUCUAAUGCCUGAUUUAGCGAACCAUCUCCAUUUAGUAAAGCACUUAAGCAUCUGCUUAAGUCCUACUGACUUUAAUGAGACUUAAACACAUGGUUAAAUGCUUGUUGACUAAGGAUAGCCUUAACCACAUGUAUAAGAGUUUUGGUGAAUUGAAGCCAAAAUCUGCUUUUGGGUUAGGUCAUGGACAGCAGCGGCGCCAGGGUUUUUGGCACCCUAGGUGGGGGUCCUUCCGCGCUCCCGGUCGUUGGUGGCAAUUCUGCAGGGGGGGGGCCUUUCACACUCCCUGUCUUCGGGGCACUUCGGCGGUGAGUCCUGGAGCGAGUGAAGGACCCGCUGCAGAAUUGC